AUGUCAGCAACUUAAACUUAACAUUUGAUUUUUGGGUCAACUUGGCCCCAGGAAAAUAUGAUCAUCAAGUACUGUUCUCUACAAUAGAGUUUUUAGAAAGUUCCUAUCGACACUGCAUUGAAGGUAUAUAAAUUUUAAAUCAUUCCUAGAUCAAUAAUUGGUCAUGUGCCAUUCCUUACAAAGAUAAUGAGAUUCUAAUAACAGGAGGGUUGGGAAAUACCAAUAAAAUAAUCUCAAAUGAUGUCUAUCUAUUUAAUACACAAACUAAUUAGGUAAGGAAUGUAACGCAUUUUAGUUAAGCCAAUUUAGUUAAUUUACCCAAUCUAGAUAUGUUCAUCAAUGCGUAAGCCAUAAUGAUAAAGUAUACGUAUUGGGAGGAAGACAAUAUGGCCCAGAUUUUGAGAGUGUUCUAUCACAUUGUGAAGUCUAUGAAGGAGGUGCGUGGAAGGUAUUUCUAUUUGAAUUAUUAUAGACCAUUUCGCCUAUGACCAAGAGAAGAUCUAAUUUUGGAGUAUUCAUAUACAAUGAUCAAAUCUAUUGUAUCGGAGGAUUCGAUGGAAAAAAAAAUACAAAGUCUCUUGAAUAUUAUGAUGAAGUCAAAAACAUUUGGGUUAGGAGUAAAGUAAGGAUGCCAAGAGGUUUGGCAGGAUUUCACUUGAUUCCAUUGGAAAAUGAAAAAAUAAUGAUUGUUGGAGGAAUGACAUUAUAAGGACCAUCCUAAGCGUGCAUUGUCUUAAACCUUAAGAGUAUUUAUAAUCUAUUAUACCCCCUUAGAUAAUACUUGUGUCUCAUACUCAUAAUUGAAUUAAAUUCGAUCUCUAUUUCACAUGUUCAGAGAUGAAUUUGGUAAUUAUAUAGUAUAUGGUGGAAUGAAUAAAUAAAACACUUUUGAAUUAUUCAAUUAUGAGAAUAAAAUCUGGGAGGAGUUUCUGAUAAAUAUGGAUGAAAAUGCUUAAGAAAUCUUUAAUUAGAAUUUGAGAGGAAUGUCCUCGGUCCAAUAGGUUUGUAGAGUAGAAAACAUCUAAUAACUUAUGUAAUAAAAAUAAGAAUUGCAACUCUAACCAGAUGAUGUAGUUUUUAUGUUUGGAAACGAUGAGUAUCCAUUUAUACUCCCAAUUCCUAAAUAACCAACUGAAAGUUUGAGUCCUUUGGAAGUUCCUACUUAAUUGUGUAUGUAUUCGUACAUGAGUGUCUGCUCUAUUGAUGCCGAAUUGCCAAAUUGUAGAUAAAUUCUAUUAGCUGGUGGCAUUGAUUCUAAAAUUUCAUAAAUUAAUAAGAAGGCCUAUUUAGUUACAAUAAUAUUCCCAGAAAUGAAGGUUAAGGUCAAGAAAGUUGGAAAGUUGAGUUAUCAUAGAUAUGCAGCCUCUUGUGUUUACAACGCUCCAUAUGUCUAUUUCAUAGGAGGAAGAGGAUAUCAGAAUGAUGUAUUAUCAUUACACAGUACUGUGGAGAGAUUCAAUAUUGAUGAAGAGGAAUGGGAUUAAAUUGCUCCCUUGAAUGAGGCAAAAUGUUCAAUGACUGCUAAUGUAAUUGGAGAGAAAAUCUAUGUCUUUGGAGGGUACAUUGGUGAAGGUAAACUUUUAUAAUAUAUGCUUAGGACAAAUUUCUCAUAAGAUAGAGUGCUAUAAUGAAUAAUCUUAGGAAUGGGAUGUAUUGAAUAUUGAAUUGCCAUUCUCAUUGGAAGGAUUAUCGUCCAUAGUUAUAGAUGAUUAAGACUUAUUCAUCUUUGGAGGCAAAGGAUUUGAAGGUAGCAAGAAAGAAAUCAUACGAUUCAAUCUGGAUGAUUUAGAAUCGAACCAGAAUGUGUCAGGGUAUUCAAUAUAUCAAUAAUCAAUAGACAAAUAGUGGGAACACUUUAGCAUUCUAGAUCAUUGCCGAAACCAAUUUUACUUGACGAUAAAAAUGUACUGAUUAUUGGAGGCUAUUUCUUUGACAACCCUGAAAUUAAUUUUGGAGAGAUGUUUAACUUAGACAAUCCUGAAGAUUCCAACAAUGAAUAUGCCAAUUAAAUAGAACUAGCAAUCAUCUAGAUGGGAGCCAACGAUUCUAUCAACUUAUUCAGCAUAACUAAUUGA